AUGUCAAUCCUCAAACUGGUCGAAGACCGGCCGACCCCCAAGGCAGUCUACAACUGGCGAAUCUACCUCCUCGCUGCUGUCGCGUCAUUCACAUCCUGCAUGAUCGGCUACGACAGCGCCUUCAUCGGCACUACUCUCGCGCUGCCGUCCUUCCAGGAGGAGUUCCAUUUCGACCAGAAAACGACCGCAGAGAAGAAUCUCCUUUCUGCAAAUAUUGUGUCGCUUUACCAGGCCGGCGCUUUCUUCGGUGCUUUCUUGGCCUACCCCGUUGGGCACUUCUGGGGCCGCAAGAUCGGCCUCAUCCUUUCAGCGAUUGUCUUCACCCUCGGAUCGGGCUUGAUGCUGGGCGCCAAUGGCGAGCGCGGAUUGGGUCUGAUCUAUGCUGGCCGAGUCCUUGCUGGACUAGGUGUCGGGGCAGGCUCGAAUUUCACUCCCAUCUACAUUUCGGAAUUGGCGCCUCCGGCGGUUCGAGGCCGGUUGGUCGGCGUGUACGAAUUGGGAUGGCAAAUUGGUGGUUUGGUUGGCUUCUGGAUCAACUAUGGCGUGUCGACCACCCUCCCACCGAGCCAUCGACAAUGGAUCAUCCCGUUUGCUGUCCAGCUCAUCCCCUCUGGUCUUCUGAUCAUCGGCGCCCUGUUUAUUAGGGAAUCCCCUCGCUGGCUGAUGUUCCGCGGCCGUCGCGAGGAAGCCGUCCGCAGCUUGGCCUGGAUCCGGCAGCUUGAGCCGGACCACAUCUACAUGGUCGAGGAGCUUGGAGCCAUUGAGCAGGCGAUCGAAGAGCAACGGGCCACCAUCGGAAUCGGGUUCUGGAAGCCGUUCAAGGCCGCCGGGACGAAUCGCCGGGUGAUGUGGCGACUCUUCCUAGGAAGCACGCUUUUCCUAUGGCAGAACGGGUCGGGCAUCAACGCGAUCAACUACUACAGUCCGACCGUGUUCAAGAGCAUCGGUGUCAAGGGGACAAACUCAAGUCUGCUCACCACGGGUGUCUUUGGCUGCGUCAAGACGGCCGUCACGUUUGUCUGGCUGCUGUAUCUGAUCGACCAUAUGGGACGACGGAUGCUGCUGAUGGUCGGGGCCGCGGGGGGCUCGAUCUGUAUGUGGAUUCUGGGAGGAUAUAUCAAGAUCGCGCAGCCAAGUAAGAAUCAGUCGGAAUCUAUCACGGGUGGCGGUAUUGCCGCCAUGUUUUUCUUCUAUCUGUGGACUGUCUUUUACACUCCGUCGUGGAACGGAACGCCUUGGGUGGCAAACGCGGAAAUGUUCGAUCCCAACAUGCGUUCCCUCUCCCAAGCCUGCGCCGCCGGUUCGAAUUGGCUGUGGAAUUUCCUGAUCUCCCGCUUCACGCCCCAGAUGUUUGCAGCAAUGGACUACGGUGUAUACUUCUUCUUCGCCUCUUUGAUGAUCCUGUCUAUCUUCUUUGUGUUUUUCCUCGUUCCCGAGACCAAAGGCAUCCCGCUGGAAAGUAUGGACCUACUCUUUGCUACGAAGCCGGUGUCGCGAGCCCACGGGAUUGUUCUCUCCAAAAUCCGGGAGAAUGAGGAGCGCUUCCGGCAUGAGAUUAAAGAGUCGGGAAUAACGACUCGAGACGAAAAGACACAGCGCAGGGUUGAAGAUCAGCCGGUGCAUGUGGAGGAUGCUGACUUGAAGGUAUAA